CACUACUUUUACAGGAAGUAAACAAAACUGUAAAGAAAUUUAUUUCGAAACAUUUCGAAAUUGAUUGUCAUUAGUAGAAGUGUGUAAUUUCUAAACGUACAGGAAUGGCCUUUCACUGAAGUGUAGAUGAUAUAGCCAUCAGGACAGAUAUGCACUUUGGAACUUGUGUGAUAGCUAUUGUGAUAGCUAUUGUUCAAACAGCCUUAACUACACCACAGUUUUAUUGUAAAAAUGGCGAGAUACAACAAAUAAGCAACUUCACUGAUGGAAUCAUAAAAACUCGAGAAACAGAAGAUGGUUUCCAUGGUGACAAUCUGAAAUGUUCCUGGCAGAUUGUUGCCCCUAGCAACUGGAGGGUCAAGGUCACUGUCACCCAACUUGACCUUGACUGGAGUUCUAGUUAUUCUACAUGUGAUGCCUAUGAUCGUGUCAACAUUUGGGAAGGAAGCAAUCAAGAAGGUGAAAAGUUGACAGCAAUCUGUGUGGCAUGGAAUCCUGGUACAAUUUUGUCGGUGGGGAAUUCAGUAUUCCUCCAGUUCUCCAGCACUCCGAGAAAUGCGUACCAGAGAAGGGGUGUGGAAAUGUUCUUUGAAAUUUAUGACCCAUCCAAUUGUCCGCCUGGUUGGAUUCCUGUGCCUUCAUCCUCCAGUGAAUGUCUAAUGGUGGAGCGUAACCUCACAGCUGACUGGUCGCGUUCUCAGGACAUCUGUAAAUUCAACAAAGCAAACCUUGCUAGCCUGCACAGUAUAGAUGAGAUGGAUGCUUUAUUCCUAACAGGAACUGGUAAGGGCAUAUUUCCGGCCUGGAUCGGUCUCAAUGACAAAGAUGGCAAUGGUCAGUUUACCUGGAUUGACCGCAGUGACCUCAGCUUUCAAAGGUCAAUAGUGAACCAGUCUUACAAGAAUCUGUGUGUGGCUCAGGGAUUUGAUGCAACAGACUGGUUGGCCAGGGAAUGCAGGGAAAAACUUCCUUACAUCUGCAGAGGGAACAAAGAUGGCAGCAGCAUUUUAUACAACGAAGGCAAUGAACCUCCACCACAGGAAGAGAAUCGGGGUAUUUUAUGGUUUCACGUUGUAAUUGCCAUCGUAGUGGUACUUCUAGUGUUAGCCCUCAGCAUAAUUGGAACAUAUUGUUAUCACCGUAAAUAUGGCAAACUACCAUGGGAUCGAAUUAAGAACAGACGUAAUAAAAAGCCCGAAGAAUCAGGAAAUGGUGCAAGGUUUUCCCCAGUGCAUCAGGAAUCCCCACGGGUCCAGCCCAGACCCUCAGCCCCAACCAUGGAGGCAGCCCCAUCAAACACCGGAAACAUAAUGCUGGUUAUUCAGGACCCACAAAUGGUGGCACCACCUACAUACGAAGAUUCUCAAUUUGACCGAAUUGCUCCAGCAAAUUAUUAAUCUAUGUGCUGAUAAUUGUUAAAAUGUUACAUGUUAUAGUCUUGAUUACUUCAAUUUGUUGAGUGCAGAGUUUGACAUUGAAGGAAGUCCAGGUUCUGUAUUCACUAGCGUCUUGAUUACAAAGUUUCAGACUUGGGCUCAGAUAAUUGAAAUCUUAAUAGUUUCAAGAUAUCUAUAUUAGAACUAAUUAUGACAAAAGAUGUGUGCCUGAUUAUAGAACAGAUUAUUUGUAACACAUGCAUCAUUUUUUUACCAUCUUUGCUCUUAUAAUAGCAUUUUUAAAGCAAAAUUAAAAUUAAGUUCUUCUGUGUCUGAGUCUUCAACUGAUAUUCACAAGUCAGGAUGUUUGUGAUAACCAGGUGUCCUGGAUUCCUAAAUUGAGAGUGAAGAGUUUGUGUUUUCCCUUUGACAUUGAAUUUGAUAUAAAAUUUCUGGACUCCUUGAUUUUGAUUUGGAUUCCAAACAUUAGUGAGUUUGUUAAUAUUUUUAAGUUGUUCAAGGAAGAGUCCCACCCCAACAGGUUGGAUUAUUCAGACAUGGACAUGAAAUUGUGAUAUUUUCUUGUAUGCUUAAUUGAGCAUUAUGGUUAAUUGCACUUAGCUUUUAUUUAUGUCAUGUGUACUGAAAAGAAUUGUUAUGCUAUGGUGUCCUAUGAAUGUGCAAUUAGUUAAAUAACCUUUUUAAUGUUUUAUGAAUUUUGUGUUGAUUGUUCAGAAUUUUGUUAUAGUUAAUGAUAUGAUUAAUGAGAUCAUUGAUAAGUUUUAAACCUUAAAUAAUUAAUGAUAUGCUCACAUAUUUAAAUAUAAACAAGUACAGCUGAACAAAUUGUCUCAAAUCUUUGUUAGAAAUACAGCAGAUCACAAGUGUAUCAAUUAAACGUCCAGAGCAGUAACAAUUUGAAAGUUAACAACGAUGUCGUUAACAAUGUUGUUCACUUUAACAAAGUUUUGAACAAUUGGGCCAUUGUUUGUUUUGUUUUUUUAAUGAACAUCCCACUGGCACCAGAUUUUCAAACUCAAACAUUUUUUUUAAAAAUCAAAAAAAAUCUUGUAAUUCCUCACUAAAAAUUAAAAUACCGAAAAUGUAAAAUACCGAAAAUGUAAAAAAAUAUUAAAAAAUAUUUUUUUUUUUAAAUAUGCACUUUGUACUGUAUAAUAUAUAUAUACUAACUUAUAUUAUACAGUACAAAGUGCAUAUUUUAAAAAAAAAAAAUCAAUAUUUUUUCACGGUAUUAUAAUUUUUAGUGAGGAAUUAUAAGGUUUUUUUUUUAUUUUUUUAAAAAAUGUUUGAGUUUGAAAAUCCAGUGCCAGUGUGAACAUCCAUUAUUCAACAUUAAAGAAUAAAAAUCCCUCCCAAAUUAAUGAACCUAAUGCAAAGAACCAUAUAAAUACGGGUAUAAUUUCUUCGGAAAAAGAUGUUGUUUUUUGGUGGGUUUUUCCUGGCCUUUUUUGUUUUUUCAAACAGUAAGUACAAGAACUUGUACAAAAGUAACAUUUACACCGACAUAAAUGUUUUAUACUGUAUAACUUUUAACGCUUAACAAAUAUCCAUUAUUUCAAAGAAAAGAGAAAAGAAAGAAAAAAGACAUGGAAGAAUAUCACCUAUUGUCAAUGUAAGCCUUAUAUUGAAUUAUAAAUUUAUUUAAAAUCCAGUUGCAAUAGAAAACGUUCUACAGCUGUCUAAUAACACUUUUUUUUAUCUUACAAUUUUGUUUUAUUAUAAAUGUCAAGAGUCAAUCUCAGGCUAUUAUUAAACCCUGGCAUUGUUGGAACUAUUAUAUUUUCUGUUACAAAGAAAAGUGAAUCUCUUAGGAAAAAGUACUUUUUGGACACUUUAUCUGAUGGUACAAAAAUUGUCCUAAAAAAUGCAGAAAAUAUUGAUCAUCAAAUUUGAGUGUUAGUUUUUUUAAGGAUUAGGAUUCUUAGAUAUAUUGUUUUUGCAUUUUUUUUGUAAUUAUAAAUUGUAUGUAGUCAAUAGACUGAAUGGUAUUGUUAUACUUUAUACACAUUGUUUUUUAUAUUCUAAAAAUAGGAACAGCGUUUCAGUGUAAUUGUGUUUACACUAGUGAAUAUACCUGGCCCAGAAUUCCCAAAACAUUUUAAACAUAACAAGUAUGUAUCUUAUUUGAUUAAGUAUAUUUACAUUCAUUAACUUGAUUUUACAAAAUAAGAAAAUAGUUUAUAGUGAUUUUUAUAUUAAAAAUAGUUUCCUUGAAAAGCCUCAUAACGGUUUAAAAUGAGAAUAUAACUCUAUAAAGAAAGAUAUAGUGUGUUUAGCUUGAAACAAAAACCAGAAGCUGGUACUUUUUAUGUUAAGCAGAUCAUAAUGUAUUCAUUUGCUCAGACAGAGAUGUUGUAUUUGUAAAACCAUGACUGUAUCAAAUAUCUUGUCCCUUUGUAUCCGAUUGCUCAUAUCCGUACAAGCCAUAACGCGGUCUUACAUAUCAAACACUUACUUUUCAUUACUUCUUUUGUAUUGUUUUUAAUGUACUAUUUUAAAUAUCAUUAUACACAACUAUAAUUCAUUGACUGUUAGUUACAUUAUUGGCUAGUGUAAAAUUAUUUUUAUCAUUACAUGUAUUGAAAAUGCUUGGCAUAUUUCUGCCCUUUUCAUUGGUCGAGAGACUGUCAUGUGACAAAACAAAGAAAAUGAAAUACAUGAUAUUCACCAUCAAAAAAGUGAUUUUUUUUCUGUAAACAAUCCCACACGCAUAACAGGGUGUGAUGUCAUUCUUUUUGGACACUAUGAUUUAAUAAGCCAAAAGAAAUAGUAUUUACGUUAACAUCAGUAAGAUUUUUUAUGAAAAUAACAUUUUUGGAUAUUCUUAUAAUUUUUGGAUUAUCUUUUUUUGUAAGAAUAAGUUUUCUUGAAUUUUGUAAAAAAGAGUUCACUUGGAAGAAUAUUACUAAAGCAUAUAAUUAAACACUUUUAAAUCCCAUUUUACGUCAUAGUUAAACUUCAAUAUUUUUUUGUAAAAUUGCAAAAUUAUUUAGAAGAGGAAACAAAGGGAGCAUGUCCUCUUAGUCAAUUAGAUUUUACACAAUAUGGUCUAACUAACUUAGAUUAUUACAGGUUUUUUAGCAGGUGGGGAACCAAAUUUUGAUAUUAUUGUCUGUUAAGUAGAAAUGCAAGUUCAGUAAAAUUGCGAUCGCUCGAGGAUGCUCAGGACCGAGUUAAAACCUUGAGUGAUCCGAUGUUUGGAACAACCCAAGUUUCCAUUUAAGUCUGUUAUGAAAUGUCUUACAAUGUAAUUUCAAAGUUGAAGAACACCUGCCAAUUGUUUAAUUUGAGACAUGCUUUCAUGAAAAUCUGUGAAUUUUGACCUCGAGGUAAUCAUAAGGUUUUGCACAUGAUUUGUGUAUUUGGUACCAGCAAUGGUGUUCGACUCCUCGACUUAGUUAGGUUUUGAUCCAGCGUCAGUAUAUUUUAUAUGAAAAUAGAAGGAAUAAUUGUCGGGACUAAGCUUCAAUCUCGACUGAACGCCAGUUUACGAACGACAUCCUGUUCAAAUAGCCGCAGUUUUACUGUAGUAACGAUUAAGCAUGGUAUUUAUUGGAGGCUGAUAUGCAAUCUCAUUGGCUAAAAAUGUAAGUUAUUAUGUGGAGACCACAUGGUCUAUAAAACAGGAUAUACACCAAUAUCUCUGUCAAUAACUGAAUUAUAUUUAACAAAGAUCUAUAAUACUAAAAGUAGGUCUGACAUUUCUCAUUUAGACAGUAUGAUAUAUUCAAGGUCAUAUAAAUUCAGGCAUGAACUGCUCAAUGUGAAUAAAAUACUCAUCUUAUCAUUUUCAUACAUUUAAUGGCGUCACUCAUAUAUCACCAUUCUUAAGCCCUAUGUUUACAGCAAGUUUAGUAUGUUAAAACAGGUUUAUUAUGCACCAGUCAAUUGUAAUCAUGGCCCUUUAAGGUAUGGGGAAUGGCGGGGACUUUAACUUUCAUUCCAGCCAAGCCCGGGUAAAAUCUCCACCUUGUAGGGACAAACUGCUGGCUAAAUCCCCGCAAAAUGCCCCCACACCCUCGAGACCCUAGGAAAGGCCCAUGCCCUGCUGUUUUCGGGCAAAGACAAAACCACCACAUUCACCCGGUACUGCUUGCCCACCUUGAAGGUAAAAACACAGCCCAUUUCCCCGGUAUACCCCCGGACCUGGAGGGCCGUGGUUACAAUUGACUGGUGCAUUACUAUACGGCAGUUUCAAUGAAGACUUUUCUACAUUCUGGAAAAUCAACAUUAGCAUUGGCUGCCAUUUUUUCAGGUUUAUUUUAUGCCUGAAAUCCAUUGUCUAUGCUUUAGUUCGUCAUUUUUGCUGUAAAUGAUAUAUUUUUGCGCACAUGUUUUAUGGCAUAUUUGUACCGCUUUUUUACUCUUAAUAUAACAUAUAUAUUUAUUUAUUGUCAGCAGUACCAUGAAAUUUAAUGGUCUUAGCAUAAUUUAUAUCGAAAACAGUGUACCAGAAAUCAAGUUUUUGGAGAUUCUAAAGGACGUUUGCAUGUUCCCGGCAUUAUGAUUAACCUAUCUGUAUUUAGGACAUGAUAAUUGUACUAAAACAUUGGAACACAGUGUCAAAUAUUUAUUUUAUUUAUAAUUUCUUUUGAAGUAUUUUAUCAUGUUAUUUAUCUGUUGUUUUGUACACUUGUAUGCCUUUUUAAAAUUAAAUCUCUUACAUUUGUA